ACCCAAAAACACAAGAACAAGAAGAACAAGUAGAACAAGAAGAACUUCAACCAUGAACAUGAACCAUCACCACCAAAUCUAUUCCUAUUCAACUGCACCCAAAGAUGACUCCCCUGAUCUCUUAAUCUCCAACACCUUCAAUACUCCUCUCCCACCUUCUUUCAAACAUCAUCCCUUCUCCUCCUCCUCUUCUUCAUCCUCUGAUUUCAUUGAUUCCUCUUUGAGGCAUUCUUUCAGUGCUGAAGACAUUCAGCUCAUGAAUGGCAUGCAAUCAUUGAGUGACAAUGGUGGCCAAGAUGGCAACGCCAUCUUCGGUAAAGUAGGCCGAUACAGCGCCGAAGAACGGAAAGAGAGGAUUGAAAGAUAUCGUAGCAAGCGUAACCAGAGGAAUUUCCAAAAGAAGAUCACUUAUGCAUGUAGGAAAACAUUAGCCGAUAGCCGGCCUCGAGUAAGAGGCCGGUUUGCAAGAAAUGGAGAGACGGAGACAGAGACAGAGGCCGAGACGGAGAGCAAUAUCGAUAAUGGUUAUGCUUAUGUCUAUGAUUAUGGUUAUGGUUAUGGAUAUGGUUCUUCUAGUGUGAAUUACGAUAAUGGAGAUGGCAAUGGUGAGUAUUUUUGGAGGCCGGAGAAUACAGUGGUGAAAGAAGAGAUCGAAACAGAUGAUCGUCGUCGAUAUGAUGAAGAUGAUAGCAUGUGGACAAGCUUUCUUGACGAGUUCUCCAUGAACCUUCCUUCCUAAAGAGAAAGCAUAAAGAUGUCAUGGUUGUAGUUGUAGUUUGAGAUCUUUUUUUCUCUGCUUUCUUGUGACAAGUUUGUUAUCUUUUUUUCACCGCAUGUUUUCCGUGAACAUCAAACUCAAGCUCUGAUACCAUAUUAGAUUUCGGCUUUUAGUUUAAAGGAGAGUGGUUUAAAAAACAGAAGAAUCAUAUGUAUUUACGAUUAUAUCUCUCCAUACUAAUUUGAUAAGAUUAUAAAAAAAAUUAAAAAGAAACAUAAACAAGUUUUCACCUAAUGUGAGUAAA